UUGCCUUCGGCCGGGACCACUGCACCGGCCCGCGGGGGUAAUGCGGCCGCCGCAGACUCCGCGCACCCUUCCGCCUGGGAGCGCGCUGGGGGCCGUUGGAGUCCGACAUGGCCCGGACCCCGGCGGCGCUGCUGCUGGCGCCUCUGCUACUCCUGCAGCUGGCGACCCCUGCCCAGGUCUACCAGGACUAUCAGUACUUAGGGCAGCAGGGCGAAGGUGACACCUGGGAGCAGCUGAGGCUGCAGCAUCUAAAGGAAGUCGAGGACUCAAUCCUUGGCCCGUGGGGAAAGUGGCGGUGUCUCUGCGACCUGGGCAAGCAGGAGCGCAGCCGCGAGGUAGUGGGCACAGCGCCGGGCCCGGUUUUCAUGGACCCGGAGAACCUGAUCCAGUUACGGCCCUGCCGGCAACGGGAUUGUCCAUCCUGCAAGCCCUUCGACUGCGACUGGAGGCUCUGAGCCCGGGCGGGGCCUCAGAGACCGUGAAGCAGAGCUUGCAAAGUGACCCCGUCCACCAAAUUCCCCAAGCUGAGUGUUCGGCCGUAGCCCUUCCGGACUACAAUUCCCAGGAGAGCGCACGGCAGCGACGUCGGCGUCGGCUGCGUAAGCGACCACGGCGGCGGGAGCGCCAGGGGCGUGUUCUGCCCGCGGAUUGGCCGGAAACAAGCGCCGCUGCGGGGCCCGCGGAAAACGCGCGCCGAGACCCGCUGCUGCGGUAUUAGUUCUUGCAGCUGGUGGUGGCGGCCGAGGCGGCAUGGAUCUCAGCGAGCUGGAGAGAGACAAUACGGGCCGCUGUCGCCUGAGUUCGCCUGUGCCCGCGGUGUGCCGCAAGGAGCCUUGCGUCCUGGGCGUCGAUGAGGCUGGCAGGGGCCCCGUGCUGG